AUGUACCGAAUACUCAAUACAGACUGUAGUCAGAAAUGUGAAUGUGUAAAUGGUUGCGACAACGCAAAGGGCUGUUUGAGUACUUCUACAUGUAACAAUGGAUUCACUGGAGAUACAUGUCUUGAUCACAAAUCAUGUCCUGAUGGAACGUUUGGUGAGUUUUGUCAGUAUACCUGCCAUUGUGCAACGUCAUCAAUAUGUAAUAAAGAUACGGGUAACUGUGCUGAUGAAUGUGCCGAUGGAUGGGGUGGUUACGACUGCCAGAUAGCAUUGCCAAAUUUAUCAACUCCGCCGAGAUUAUUACGUGUGACAGAUGAGUUAAUAACGAUAAGCUGGAAUGCUUGGAACAGUUAUAGUGACUAUGGUAGCGGACCUGUUGAUAGAUACAUUGUGCAGUAUAGAGAAUACGUUGAUUCUGGGACAAUGUUUAUAUCAGCGGGAACAGUGGUAGGAGACAAUAAUCCACUUCAAUAUCAUAUCACAAAUCUAAAAGCCAACACAGCUUAUGAAGUCAGAAUUGAAAUUGUUAAACAUGUAAGAGAUGAGGGGAAUUUUUCGACAUUUAGUCAAACAAUCAUAGAAAAGACUAUGAAUGAAAUCCUGGAUUUAACUAUCUUCUUACCCAACCCAACUGUGAGUAUAACUGACGACUCUGUAAUGUCAACAUUUGGAGGUUAUACUGGGGGUGGAGAUCAAACUCAAGAGAUCUUACUUGGUAGAGAAACUGACACAGGUACUGGGCUCCAAGGAGAUCCAGUAGAAUGGAGUGAUGAUGAUGAUGAUGAUGACAGCGAUGCAACAGCCGUCAGGCCCGGUACAAUGUUUCCUACUGAUUCAACAGUAUGGGCACGUAAUAUUAGAGCAUUUGAUGCACUUCGUAUUAACAUUGCUGGGAAUUCCAAGAAAGAGAAAGUUGGAGCUUUCUAUGCCAAUGCUUCAAAGCAUUCAAAAUCCCAACAUAUAGCAUUCGUCAUAUUGUCUGAAAAUACCGAAAUCACUCCUGACAGACGUUCUAUAUCCGCCAGUGUUGGGAAUAAUGUGACCUUAAGUGUAACCAGUGUCAUAAAAGAUAUUUCUGGUUUUCUAUGGAAAUUAAAUAACAAUAGUAUACCAGAAGGAAACGGUAAAGAUUCGUUGACCAUAAAUAAUGUCAGACCAAGUGAUGCUGGAAUCUAUGAAUGCUACACAGGAGAAAGAAACGGAAAACACGCAAUCAUGAGAUUGAUCGUUAGAGGUUGCCCUACAAGAAUGUAUGGAUCAAACUGUGAUUUAAAGUGUCCUGUUUGUUACAAUGGAGGAAUAUGCGAUGAUGUGACUGGAUUUUGUGUCUGUCCAGCAGGAUUUCAAGGUGAAGACUGCUCAGCAGGUUGUGGAAAUAAUAACUGGGGGCGUACGUGCAGUAUAGUUUGCUCUUCGAGUGGAAACUGUAAAGGGGUAAUGUUCUGUCCUCCUGAUCCCAGUGGAUGUGCAUGUCAAGCUGGUUUCAGUGGUGUUACUUGUGAUAAUGCUUGUACGGGAAAUGAUUAUGGUGCAGACUGUAGUCAGAAAUGUGAAUGUGUAAAUGGUUGCGACAACGCAAAGGGCUGUUUGAGUAAUUCUACAUGUAACAAUGGAUUCACUGGAGAUACAUGUCUUGAUCACGAAUCAUGUCCUGAUGGAACGUUUGGUGAAUUCUGUCAGUAUACCUGUCAUUGUGCAACAUCAUCAUCAUGUGAUAAGAAUACUGGUAACUGUAAUGGUGACUGUGAUGCUGGAUGGGGUGGUAACGAUUGCCAGAUAGCUUUACCACAUAGGUACACGCCACCUAAUAUCGUUGAUGUCGCAGCCAUAAAUAUGACUAUAGAAUACGGUUGGAAAUUUGGAGAAGAUUAUGGAACAGGGCCGGCUGCAUCAUACAGAGUCCUCUUUCGAAGUCACAUAGAAUUUCAUUCAAUCAUUACAAAAGAUAGUACACAUAUAAUAACUGGGUUACCGCCAAAUAGCACCAUCGAGGUAAAGGUUCGUGUGUGCAGGAAUAUCGGUGGUUUAGAAGUCUGCGGACCCGAUAGUCAGGCUGUGUCACAAGCAACUAUCUGUUUAGAACCAUUGAACUCACCAACUAUUACAAUCCAACAUAUAAAUUCAUCUACAUUAACAGUCAAUUGGCAGGGAGAGAAUGAUGACCCCCAGAAACUACAAUGCAACAACAUUCUAAGGUAUGAGUUACAGUGCCAAUCAAACGAUGAUUCUAAUUGGACGAUGUAUACUACUGAUAGCAGUAUGACGUAUUACACGAUCGUGGAUCUAGUUGCAUGUAAAGAAUACAGAUGCAGGGUUCGAAUUGUGAACGAUGCUGGCUUAUGUGGACCAUGGAGUGAGUAUGUAACAACACGGACAACACCGACUGAACCAAAGAAGAUCGCAUCUGUGAGCAUUGUUAUGAUUGGAGUAACUGAAAUUUCCCUAACAUGGGAAGAGACUGAAAAUGGAAACUGUCCCGUUACCUACAACAUCACUUAUAAACCAAUCAUAUACGAUAUGUGUUAUGAAACAAACGAUGGCGUCAUUAAAGAGGGUCCUAUUCAAAUCACUCCAUACACUAUUUCGGAUCUAACUGCAUACUCUAAAUAUGAAAUCAUGGUCCAGGCCUCGUCUGAAGAUGUAGUUGGACCGCCUUCAGAUAAACAAACCAUACAAACCAACGAGGACGUUCCAACUGGUCCACCAACAUCGCUUCAGAUAUUGUCCAUUGGUUUUGACUCGGUUUCAGUUUCGUGGGAUCAGCCAAUAUGCGGCGAAAGAAAAGGUGUUGUAACAUAUGAUUACAAACUGUUUGUGGAUAGAAUGGAAAUUGAAGACAAAACAAAUUUCACAGACACAAGCACAACGUUUGCUGAUCUUCUUCAAUGCACAUUUUACACCUUUGAGGUAACUGCUAAAACGUCAAAGGGAAAUGGACCAUACGCAACCGUGAACAUUGCAACUUCAGAAAAAGCUCCAGAUCCUGUGGAAAAUAUCGAAGUAGAUGGUGUCUCAUACGAACAAAUAAAUGUGACUUGGGACAUUGUUGAAAAUGGGAAUUGUUCUGUUGUGUAUGGUGUAAGCUACCGUCUGACCAAUCGAGACCAAUGUGAACUGUUCAAUUACACCGACUUCAAAAGUGCUUUAAACGCUACAACAAAACCUUUUUGCAGUUUAAGUUCUUUGGAACCAUAUUCUACUUAUGAAAUAUUAAUAUUACCUUCAACCGGUGACUUUACAGGCAAUGACUCCGUGAAACAAGAAACUACAAAAAUUGCAGCUCCAGAUUCAGCACCUCAGAUAGAUAAUGUUUCAGAUCAGAAGCCAAGGUCAUUGACUUUAUCAUGGUCGGAUAUCCCAUGCGGUCAGCGUAAUGGUGAUACAGUAUACCAGUACUCAUUGAAUGGUCCCGAUAAUUUGCUUAUACAGCAAAACAACACAAAAUCAAUCACUGUGACUAUAGAUCAUAGUAUAGAACCAUGCAAUAACUACACAUUUGAAGUCUACGGCAGAAACUACAAUGUGAAUGGGCCCAUCUCGAGCCUAAACCUUACCAGUGGCACUGAGGAGCCAGGAAAACCUAAAAUUAUUAGCAUCGCCUCUGAAAAGGAAAGUGUAAGAGUAAAUUGGAAUGCUCCAACCAAUAAUGAUUGCCCAAUACUUAUGUAUACAGUGACAUUGAAGUCAAAAGAUAAGGUCGUAAAAAAGAAAAAUGCAAGCGGGUCUGAUAGAGAAAUUAGGUUUACGAGUGACGAUGGUGUCAAACCAAAUACUGAGUACACAGUUCAGAUUGUCGCAGCUAACUCUGCCGGUGUUGGAGAAGCGAACAAAGCAAAUACGGAGACAUCAGUUAGAGCGGGAUUAAUAAGCGGACUUACAAUUCCAUUUGGUAUUCUCAUUAUAAUAUUGAUCAUCUUAUUUGUGCUGUUGCAAAGACGUCGUUCUGGAAAAGAAGCUAAAAAUGUAACUGGAGAAGACACAUUUUCAAAUACUGCUUCUGAUUCAAAUGAACUUAGGAACAUUUCUCCCAAAACUACACCAAAGCAAAAUCUGAAACAGAAACCAAUCACCUACCAACCAGUACGUAUGAAUAAAUUACACGAAUAUGUUCGGAAACGCUGCAGCCAUAAAACAGAAAACUUCCAAACAGAAUUUGAAGAACUGGGAUGCAGCAUAUUACAUCCAUGUACCGAGGCAAAGAAAUACAUCAACAGGACUAAAAAUAGAUAUGCUAACAUUCUUACAUACGAUCAUUCGCGUGUUGUUUUGGUCGAUUCCAGUGAUCAAUCUGACUACAUCAACGCCUCCUAUAUAAAAUAUAAUGAUAACACGUAUAUUGCAUCUCAAGGUCCCAAUGAAGCUAGUGUUAAUGAUAUGUGGAGAAUGGUUUGGCAAGAGAAAACUGGUAUCAUCAUCAUGGUUACCAACUUAGUUGAAAAAAGAAAGAUAAAAUGUGAACAGUACUGGCCUAAUGCAAAUGAAGGACUGGUGUAUGGUGAUAUUACUGUUCAAAAUGUUGGUGAAGAGACAAACAGAUAUUUUACCAUCAGAAAAUUUCAGAUACUAAUGGGAGCAGGUGAAGAGGCAGAAAUACGUCAUGUACUACAAUACCAUUUUACUGCAUGGCCUGAUAUGGACGUGCCAGCCUCACCAGCUCCUUUGCUGGAGUUCGUUUACCGAAUAAAAAACUCUAAGAAAAUUCUUUCCGCUGAUACUGGACCAAUUAUAGUUCAUUGCAGUGCUGGAGUUGGAAGAACUGGAACUGUGAUCACAAUUGAUGUAAUGUUGGACAUGGCCAAGGAGAAGAGAGAGAUCGACGUUUUUAACUUUGUGAAAGUCAUGAGAAAUAAUCGGUUUAACAUGGUGCAAACCAAGGAUCAGUAUAUAUUUAUCUAUGAGGCUAUUUUGGAAUGUUUUUUUUGUGAACCUACACACAUACCUUCAGAAUCAUUUACAGAAUCCUUUACGAAAAUCAAAGGGAUGAAGAGUCAAAUGGGCAAGACCAUUAUGCAAGAACAGCUCAACACCCUGAAUGCCCUCGUACCACUUCCAACACCGGAUAAAACUAAGGCAGCGAAUGAUCCAGCAAACUCCGGAAAGAAUAGAUAUCCACGUAUAGUUCCAAUGGACAAUGCAAGACCCUUACUAAUGACUACAGAUGGAGAUAGAAACAAUUACAUAAAUGCUUCAUUCUGUAAAGGCUACGGACAACGGGGUGAUAAAUAUUUAGUGACACAGGCGCCGAUGACAAACACCGUGUCUGAUUUCUGGAGAAUGAUCUAUGACUACAGAUUAUACACAAUUGUAAUGCUGAACGUUGAGGAUGCAGAUGACAAGACUAUUGGCAUGUAUAUUCCCCUUGAUCUCAAAGUCAAAGUGAGGAUGGGCCCAUUUGCUAUUGAAGUUGAGAGUGUAAAAGAAUGUAAUUAUGUUAUAAAACGAACAUUGCUGUUAUCAAAGGAUAAUGAAAAACCACGGGAAAUCCACCAUUUUCAAUAUCUCGACUGGCCCAAAGAUUUACAAAAGCCUCCAUCCAUGGAAUCAUUCUUUCAAUUGCGUUCUGAUGUUGAAAAGGCUCAGCGAAUUAAUCCCGAUAGCAUAAUGGUCAUUCAUUGCUUGGAUGGUAGAAGCCGUAGCGGAUCUUUCUGUGCAAUGGACAUGAUCAUUCAAAUGAUAAAUGAGGAAUCAAUUAUUGACGUCUUUCAGAAUGUCAAAAAGAUUAAAAUUAGUUGCCCAUGGAUGUUCAAAUCAAAGGAUCAGUAUGAACUUUGCUACGAGAUGGCACAAAGUUACUUGGACUCAUUUAACAUUUACGGAAAUUUUAAAUAAACAAGUUCAAGAUUAAAGUACAUUUUU